AUGGCUGUCGCCAUCUCCAGAAUGAAGAAGUCGGUGGUGGAGAGCCGGCGGAACUCGUCCCUCGCUUUCCUUACCAACAAUAAUAACCAUGGGGAGACGGGGAUUUUUGAAAAAAGCGCCCGACGGAAAGCGAGCGUCCAGCAGCCGACAUCCCCAUUUUCGCCGGUCGUUUUCCGCGACGACAAGGAGAAGCCGUCGGUGAAUCGGAGGAACUCGAUCACCGCCUUCCUCUUCCCUUCCAAAAGCGGUGAGGGGGACGAGAAGCCGGAAGGGUCGAUCCGACAGAAGAAUCGGCAAUCCGUCUACUUUUUGGAGGAGAGCUUUGGGAACGAAGCCGACUAUCUGUGUAUCGAGGGCCCGUCGCCAAGCAGUUACUCCUACCCGGCCUCGCUUCUUUCACCUACGCAGGAGAAGAAUAGACGAAACUCCCGCUCCUCCUCCCUCUUCCACAGCUCUGCCGGGCCCGCCCCGGUGUCGAUUAGUGCGUCGUCGAGUGCGACGCCUUCUGAUGCCCCUCGCUGGAUGGGACGCGGAGCAAUGAGGGUCGUCGUUGUGGGCGCAAAACGCUGCGGCAAGACGGCGAUACUGCGGCAGGUUGCCUGUUUGGAGGAUGCGACAAAAUUGCCCUACGCUCCGACACUUGAUGACACGUACCAAGUCCUGCUCGAAGAAGCCGACAGACCCAGAGAAAUCCUGGUGUUCCACGAUACCGCCGGAAUCCCGGAAUACGGUCCCAUCGAGCUACGACGACCAUAUGUACAGGUAGCUGACGCAUUCGUGCUCGUCUACUCCGUCGUCGACCACGAGUCCUUCAACCGGAUGGACUUGCUGAAGAAGUUUAUCGAGAAGCAGUUCGGCAAAGAGAAGAAGGAGGUGCCGAUCGUCGUUCUGGGCACGAUGUGCGAUCAGCCCGGCCGGAAGGUCGAUUCUGAGUUCGCACACGCUUGGGCGCAACGGGAACGAGUACGUCUCUACGAAGUGACUGCCACGGACCGGAGUACGCUGGUGGACUUUGUACAAUACCUCGGACAACGCCAUUUCCACCCACAAAAAGACAGCCUCAAAUUCUCGCUCUCCAAGAAGCUCAAGUCGGAGAAGUCUAACCCGGCGAUACUCAUGGAUUUC